CACUUAGGAAAAUACAUUAACCUAGUCUUUAUAAACUACCCUACGUUAACUAGGGUCGUAUACUUCCUUAACAUAGGGUUAGACUAUUAUAUAGUAAUUAUAAACCUGCCUAAGCCCCUUAGGAUAACCCCAGGGGCAGGGAAAAAAUAUAUCCCGCUAGAAUACUAG